UAGAGAUUGAGUGCUUUCUGGUCACUAAGGUAACCUGAUCAUUUGGACUGUAGACAGAAACAGGAGAUGUUUCUUAGAAAGGAAAUUAAAUAAAUCAAAUGCCCCUCAGGACUGGACAUUAGCCUGUGGUGAUUUUAUCAGAGGGCUGCAGAGCUGCUAAAACCUCUGUGAAUAACAGCAGCCACGGCUGGCCCAUUCCUGGACUGCGCUGGGUCACAGGAAAGGACCUUCUGUCAGGACUCAGCUUGUUUCCUCUCACCACUGGUGGACAUGGCCUCAGCUCCACCCCGGAGAAAGACGCAGAGGAGAUGGAAGAGCCGUCUGACGAUUACAGCGUAGGUCAUUUCUCAGAGCAGGAGGGAGCGGGACGCAGAACAAAGCCUCAGUGGGGAGAAAACGGCCAUGACAGGAAGCUUCAGAGAUACAAAACUCAGCGCCUGGUGACCCAUCUCCACCGAGACGCCACCCACGACCCAGAGUGCCACACCAGCUCAGAGAGGCUCAGCCAUCCGGCUGUGUCUGAACGGCCCAGUUCCCACAAAUCGGUGGUUUCACAUGUGCCAUUAAGACUACAGAUCAAAGUGAACGGACAGAGAGGAGGACUGGGAAUUUGUAUUGCAGGAGGGAAAGGCUCCUUGCCGUACAAAGAGAAUGAUGAGGGUGUUUUCAUCUCCAGAGUGUCUAAAGGCGGACCGGCGGAGAAGGCCGGGGUUCAUGUUGGGGACAGAGUGUUGGAGGUCAAUGGCCAAAACAUGCAGGAGGUCAGCCACCAUGAGGCUGUCAGCGUCCUGAGGAAUGCUGGGAGCUGCAUAAAAAUUAAAGUGCUGCGGGAGAGAUGUGUGCCCGUGGAGCCGAGUGUGCAUGAGAGAUCUGACACCAUGGAGACAGCAGACCCCCAGGUCAGCCAAGAGUGGGAUGUUACCAUGAGCAAUAACAGAUCAAGUGGUCCACAAUCCUCCACUGAUCCCACGCUGGACUGCAGCUCAAUGACCAACAGGAUAGAAGCUAACGUCUGCAAUGGAAAUGGACCGAACGAUCCAGUACAGGACUUACGGCAGACGAAAGACACGGAGACCUUCAAAAAUAAUGCCCUACAGGUUGUGAAAAAUACCAUGACGAUACCUCGGAUUAUCCUGACUCACCCCUCUACCUCAGAUGAAGACGUGGAGCCCCUGACGCAGGGCCCCGACGAUGGAGAUUUUGAUUCUGACUUCAGUGACUCGGACAGUCACAUCUACUCUGACUGUCUGAACAGCGCUUUCUAUCCUCUGUGAAAGAUAGAGAAGCACACAGGCUCAAGAUGUCUGUGUCCUUCGGUUAAGUGAAAUUGUUCUGGCUGUGGUCCACAAUCGCUGGAGCAGAAAAUGAGUGACGCGGGAUCGAUACUUCAGGCAAAGUCCACAGUAACAUGAUGCUUGCAUCAAUAAAAGUCUGAACUGUUUGGAACACCACUGUGUGAAGGCGAUAUAGAGAAAGUGGGAAGUAAAUAUAUAUUAUUUUUCUAAAAUGUUGCUUUUUCAAGUUCUACACGCUCUUAGACCUUACUUGCUUUGUGUAUGCUUCAUUUAAAUGUUUUUACUUGCAUCAUUUAUAAGUUGCCAAAAGUGAAAUAAACUUUAAAAAUGUCAUUGUGCCGGUCAGGUGUAUAAUGCUUUGAAUGAUAUCUCUGAAGCGUAGAGCUGUUGUGAAUAUUUUGACGUGGAUAUCCAACCUAGCAGCACAGGAGGCAACUAAACCACUGAACCACAGUGAUCUGUGAAGACCACUGACAGAUCACAGACUUCUCUUUAAAUGUAUUUGCUAGUCCAGCAUAAUAAGUAAUGGAAUUUUGAUUUGUAAUAUGAUAGUAAAGGUCUGCACCAUGCAGAAAGAUGUUAGAUGUCAAUAUAAAAUCCAAGAUUAGUAGUCGGCAAAACAGCAAAACAUAAAAUGUUUGCAUAACAGGUGAUUUUCACAAAACCUCCCAAGAAUAUGUCAUAUGUCAAAAUCUAUAUGAAAAAAAAAAAACAUUUAGAAUUUAUAUUUAAUAUUUAUAAAAAUAUCAAUUUUUAGGACCAUUAAGAUUGCUGGCAUUGUAUCAUGAUAAAGCACCCUCCCAAACUACUGCCAUAAUCACAAAGUAUCAUUAUUAAAAUGCAAAAAUACAUAGAUAGUAGUGUUUGUUGUGCUGCCUGGUUAAUUAAGCUGCUAUUGUAUAUAAUGAGAAAAAAAGCUUUAUUUUUGGGGUGAAAUGUGACUGGACAUGUAUUCAUGAGAUUCAUCCUGAUGUAAUAUGUCUGUGUGGGUCAUGGCUGUGUUUAGGCUGUUGUUAAUUGUAUAUUUAGUAUGCUAAGCUUACAGAGGAUGGGGGUCACUGUG